UAAGCGUGUGAAAAUAUUUACAUUGCUAUUGAGUUAUUUUGUGUUGUUAAAGAAUGGCAAGCAAGAGAAAACACCCGGCAUCAGAAAGGGCAAAAGAAGAGCCAUUUAAAAAGCAUACACUUGAUUCAGAUGAAGAGGAUUCUGACGACUAUGAGAGAGAAUAUCUCAAUGAUAGCGACAUUGAAGGAGGCGAGGAAGGCGUGGCAAAAGUAGAGGACGAUGUAAAAGUUACACCGUUUAAUAUGAAGGAAGAAUUGGAGGAAGGACACUUCGACAAAGAUGGUCACUAUCAUUGGAACAAAGAGUCGGAAGCAAAAGACAAUUGGUUAGACAAUAUAGACUGGGUUAAGAUUGGAAAGCAGAAAAAUGCCUUUGACCCUGCCAAAGAUAACGAAAACUCUAACUCCUCAGAUGAUGAAAAAAUAGAACCCACUAGGAAGGCCUUUAACUUGUCCAUGAACCUGAUGAAAAUGCUUGAGUUCAUGAAAGAAGGAGAGACUGUUAAGAUGACAUUGCAACGACUGGGAAGUCAGCGUCCCGUUCUGACAACUCUACAAAGAAUAAAGCAAAAGAAGGCUGGCGUUGUUGACACCAAGACCCAAGAAAUCUCCCAUUUAACUGAAUUGGCGAAUGAGAUCCUCUCAAAGACCGGCAAUAUGGAUAUAUAUCAAGAGACCUACGAAAACAUUGAGUCCAAGCUGGCUGAUUUGCCCGGUACGAGCAAACCCAAAAUUGCCGAUGAUAUGGACAUGUAUGCGGAUGACUUCGAAACGAAAGAGUUAGAGCGAUCCAAAACCUUGAAUGCUGCUUCAAAACCAACGAUGACUACCUCGGAAGUGACCUGGGAAUUCAAAUGGUCGCAAAAUGAGACUGAAAUCCAAGGGCCAUUUACUACUGAGAAAAUGUUGAAGUGGUCCCAAGAAAAUUAUUUUAAAAAUGGAGUCUAUGUCCGAAAGUGUGGCGAAAACACAAAUUUCUAUACCAGCAACCGUAUAGAUUUUGAUUUAUACUUGUAAGCCUUAGUUAAUGAUUAUGGUAAACAACUUUUGAAUUGUGUUUUUCUUUUGUAUUCUUAUUUUAUUCAUUUCUUUUGGUUAAAACUUAAAAUAAAAUACAAUACAAUUAA